UUCGAACUGCAUUGGCUGUAAUUCAACACAAUGAAUUUAGACCACUACCAUUUCCACACAUUGCAGAGGCGCGGAAGUUGGUUUCGUAGGCAGAAUGUUGGGGGAAUGCGGUAUGCUGGAACGAGACAGAAGGGGGCUUCGGAAAUGCUCUGUGACUCUCUGCAAAGAGAUGGUGGUGGACGAGCUGUUCAUUCAGUCCCUGCAGACAGACGACAUUCUCACCGACAGCAUGGCAGAAAGCAUCCUGGUGGAGCCGACCUCCCACAAGCGGAGCUGGCGUCUGCUGUCCCUGCUCCCCAAGCGUGGUCCCAGAGCCUUCAGCAGCUUCUGCUCAGCACUGAGAGACACAGAGCAGCAGCACCUAUGUGCCCUGCUCACAGAGUCACCAGAGAGGGAUGGAGAGAGACAGUGUCCCCAGACAGCUAAGGCGAAAGACAGGGCUGAGGAGGUGAUAUCCACAGCAUACCCAAUCCAAGCUUCAGACCGCAACGCCCCAUUCACAAAGACCCCAGUCAAAGACAGUGAGGAAGAGGGGGAUGAAGAGAAAGAGAGAUAUGUGGACUCUCCCCUCCCACUUCCCACCCAGGAGGGGAUUGUUCCAGCCAAGAGAGCCAGAACACAAGAGUCAAUGGAGAUGUGUCUGGAUGCAGACAGUCCCAUCACCAGCUCUGUUCUUCCCUGUACACCAGACUUCUACUUAAAACACUGCCAACAGUCCUAUAGUAUGGUGUCCAGUCCUCGUGGCCUGGCCUUGGUGAUCAGUAACGUCUCCUUUGACCCCUGUGCUGCUCCUGACCUGGACUCCAGGAAGGGAGGGGAGGUGGACGAGGAGGUCCUCAGGAAGGUGUUCACUGAGCUGGACUACAUAGUCACCGUCCGGAGAGACCUCACAGCUCCGGGCAUGCGGGAGUGCAUUGAGCAGUUUGGCAGACGGCAGCAGCACCAGACCGUAUCCAGCUGUGUGGUGUGUCUGCUGUCCCAUGGAGUAGAGGGGGCUAUCUACGGCACAGACGGACAGCUACUGGAGUUGGACUGGGUGUUUGAGGCAUUUGACAAUGCCCACUGUCCUCUACUGCAGAAUAAACCCAAGAUGUUCUUCAUCCAGGCCUGCAGAGGAGAGGAGAUGGACUGUGGGGUGGAGCAGUCAGACGGGCCAGAGAGGACCCAGUCUCCUGGCUGUGAACAGAGGGAUGCAGGGAGGGAGGGAGAGGGAGAUGGAGACACCAGGCAGACGGAGGAGAGAGGCAGGCUCAGAGUCAAACUGCCCCAGCGCUCUGACAUGAUCUGCGGCUUCGCCUCCCUCAAAGGCACUGCAGCCAUGAGGAACACCAAGAGAGGAUCCUGGUUCAUCCAAGAGGUCAACUCAGCACUCCGCUUCAGAGCCAGAGACACACACCUAUCAGACAUACUGGUGCAGGUGAAUGGUCGUAUUAAAGACAGAGAAGGCUAUGCUCCUGGCACCCCCCACCAUCGCUGUAAGGAGAUGUCUGAAUUCACCAGCUCCCUCUGCAAAGACCUCUACCUGUUCCCCAAGUACCACCCUCAGUACUGACACGCACACAUGCUGUUACACACACUCACAGAGGAUUAAUGAAUUCACAUUUGCUGUGCAAAUUCUCUCACAGACAAACUCUUGGAAAGAAAAAAGGACCGAGUUGUUGUAAAUCUAUGUGCUUGGUAAUGGGCAUGAAGUAUACAUGACUGGUAUGCAGCUGAUGUGUGUACCUACCUAUCAGCUAGGCUUGCUAUAUGUGUAUCUGUGCCAGUUAGAAAUGGGAUUGAAAUGUUCUAGGAAACAUUUUUAGCUCGUUAACACACCAGAAUAUAUUUAAAUGUAUCGCUUUUAAUUUCUUACUAAACAGCAACUUUUGGGUUUGAAGUUUAUUCUUUUUAUAAACAUGUAUUUUGUAUGCA